AUGCCGGACAAGCCACUCACAGUUUUCACCUACGCAGCAAGCGCCUCCCUCGCUGCCAUCGCCCUUGUCUACUUCUUCCACCCAGCGUAUCUCAUUGAUGGUGAUGGCACGAGCUCCUCGGCGAGCUCACGAAAGAAAGGCAUUGUCGGCCUGUACAAUCCAGCCAACGAUUGCUUCAUCAAUUGUGUUCUGCAAUCGCUAGCCGGACUGGGGGAUCUGCGUGUCUAUAUGAUUAGGGAGCUGCAUCGUCGAAGACUGGAAGGCUCAGAAGUCUACGCCUCGGUACCCUCGAAAGACUCUACAGGCAAGGAGAUCAAUGCGCAAAAGCUGCUGAGCCUGCAGAAUGGGGAGGUCACAGAAGGGCUAAAGGAUAUGCUCGACAAAUUAAAUGAGAAGCCCAUUUAUCGGAAGACCAUAUCCGCGAAUGCAUUUAUCCGAGUUCUUGAACACGCAUUUGGCACACCAGUCGCAAAGACGCAGCAAGACGCUCAAGAGCUCUUACAAUUCGUGGCAGAGAGAUUGCAAGAGGAAUAUCAUGCUGGAUGUCAGGCGCGUCAUAGAUUUCGAGAAGCGAACAUACAGCAGGUCCGGGCUCAAGAAUCCGAAGAGAGUGGAGCAGACCAAGGCGACGAACACACUGCGUCCGUAGGACUGCAGUCGUAUGUAGGUUCGGUCAUCAAGAGCGUAGCCAAGGGAGAGACGGAGGAUGGUUUCCCACUUGAAGGGCAGACAGAGUCUCGUGUAGAAUGUAAAUUUUGUGGCUUCAUUCCAAAAGCGAAACCGACGAGCUUCGUCAUGCUCAAUCUCAUGGUUCCUCAGACGAGUUCAUCAACGUUAAACGAUUGCUUUGAUUCUCAUUUCAAGACGGAAAUAAUUGACGAUUACAAUUGCGACAAAUGCCGAUUGACUCAUGCCCUCGAGGUGUACCAAAAACGAUUGACUGAAGCCAAAGGCUCCGAGGGCAAGGCAAAGCUCGAAAAGGGCGUGUCUAAAAUACAGCAUGCUUUAGAAGAAGAUCCUGAGAGGCCGCCUGAAGACGUGACUUUGCCAGAGUCCAGAUUCGCGCCGAAGAGAAGGAUCGCACGACAUAUUGAGAUGAAACAAUUUCCGAAGAUACUAAUCAUACAUCUCUCAAGGUCAAUUUUCGAUCCGUACAGUACAUCAAUGAAAAAUCUUGCCAAAGUAACGUUCCCAGAAAGACUCCCAGUGGGCGGACUUGUGAAUCGUCGAAUCUACAGGCUUUCGGGGUUGAUCAUUCAUAAAGGAACUCACAACAGUGGGCAUUAUGAAACAGUCAGAAGACAGGGCUCAUACGCGCCUUACUCCAAUCCAAAUGCAAGUUCAGCUAGCGGACCGUUCAGUCGGAAAGCAAGUGCAAACCCAACACCUAGAUCAAGCCCGAGCAUACGCCCUACAUCUGCAGAAUCGGCAUUGAAAGAGACCUUUGAUUCGGCCAGCGAUAUCAACGGGCAGCCAGGUACUUCUUCGUCAUCGUCACUUCCUUCGGCCACUGAUUCUGCGCCAUCUACUGACCCGUCUUCUGCAUCUGACGCGCUAGAGGGACGACGUAACGACGCGGAAGAAUCGAUGCCUUUGUCAUCUGAAAUUGGUACCCCGACGUCUGUCCCUGCAGACAAAUAUCUCUCUCCCCCUUCUACUGCUAUCCACAGCAGGACCUCAUCGCUAGUAGAGGUAUCGCGUUUGAAGCGGAAGAAGAAGCCGAUCGAUAGAUGGUGGCGGAUCAGCGAUGACAAAAUCAAGGAGUGCAAGCUCAGUGAGGUACUUGGUAUGACCAAAGGAGUCUAUAUGCUUUUCUACGAGAUGGAACGCUCUGGCACUGACGGCGGUUGA